CAACUUUCGCUGCUGAUUCUCUCAACGCCAUGUCCUCCCUUCGACGGCUAUGUCUAGCGGCUAAACAACGACCGCCAGCACUGGGGAGGUCCGUGCCCAACGGCACCACGGUUGCCUGGAAGAGCGGCGCUUGUUCAAGAACGUUUGGAACGAAGGGCGGGUUUUGGGAUACCAAAGCGAGUCCUCUGGGUGACAGUAACGGCGGGGAGAGCAUGACUCCACUAGGGUCGCAACUUUUUGAUUUGCUUCGCACUAGUACACCGAAAUCGAAGAAGGCAAUGGAAGUUGACGCUGAAUGGAAAGAUUUCCCCAAAGGACGCAGAGAGAAUUUUGGGCGUGCGUCGCUGAUCUCCACCGCCAGCGACAUGUACAUAAGGCCCAAUUUCGACAAUCACUAUAUCGUUCACGUCACAGCCAAUCGUAACAACACCGUCUGUGUCCUUACAAACCCCGAGGGCAACGUAUUGACUUGGAGCUCUGCUGGGCGUCUCAAACUUCGCAAAGCAGCACGCGGUACCCCCGACGCUGGUUAUCAGUCAGUCAUACACCUUACCGAACUUGCCUCUAACUUACCUGCAGAAAAGAAGGCUAGUGACAAACCGAAAGUCUAUCAUGGUGUGAACAUUCAGACUGAGGUUAUGGAGAAAGGGAUCCAUCUGAAGUUGCAGGGGUUUGGGCCUGGACGGGAUCAGGCGUUUCGGGCGAUUUUGGCGGCAGGAUGGAGGAUUACCCGUGUGACUGAUGUUACAAAGGUGCGGCAUGCGGGCUGUCGACCACCAAAAAGGAGAAGACUGUAAGGAAAUGGUUUUGGUGGAGCAGCUCUGUUGUUAGGAUAGAGCCAAUCUGGACGGCGUUGCGCAUUCAACUUUCAUAGAUAUAUAUAUAAAUUGCAUGACACCCCUCUGUCGAUUCAGCGUUGGUUGUCUAUGACGAAUCCUACUGACAUUAGCUUGCAA